AUGGAAGCUGAUACAUUUCCCUUCAUCUUCUCCGAAACCCCGGAGGAGAAAGCGGUUCGUCGAGAGCGGGACAUUCAUCACCGCGUUCACCACCAAUAUAACGGGACUCGGGGUCUGGUGGGCUGGCUGAGUCACUAUCGGUAUCGAAAACCCCUGGCGACGGAUGAGGCGAUUGACCUGCGCAUUAGAGAGUUGAGCCGCGUUGAAGAAGGCAUCACGCCGGACUUCCGUGGAGAGUUUCGCAAGCUCGACGGCGAGCUGAUUGAGAAGGAGUUGGAUCUCGAUGUCUACUAUAGCACUACCCGCAAGAGGCCGCGACGGCUUCUGGUCCAGGUGACUGAGGAGUCCUUGGGAAAGUACCCGACCCGCCAUUGGCGGUACCGCAAGGUCAAAGGCCGGGUCCCCCUCGUGAUGCGACUAACAGAGCUGUGUCUGAAUCCCCUGUUCGAGCUCGCGCCGCCGGAGGAGCGUCAUAUAGCAAAACGGAUCGCGGGGUGGGCUCUGUCGCCCAUCUGUACAAUGUUCCUGGGGUUUGUGAUCCAGCUUAUGAUGGCUUCAGAGCUGAUGCUGGCUCCGUGGACGGAUAAUGAGGAGUCCAACUCGGGCGAUUAUGAGGACAUCGAGCACUAUCACUGGGAAUGGCCCAAACACGCUACCAACAUCCUGGACCAGCAGCCCAUCUCGCCGAAUGAGCAGAAAAAGGAUCGGGAGUCCGAAGUUGCCAUGCUUAGGUUCCCCCGACGUCUGGUGGUAUGCGAUAGCCAAACAAAUGACUGGGCCGUACGAAAGGCAGCAGACCUCCGCCAUCCCUCGACCGGCGCAUUGCCGCGGUACAUCUUCAUGAGUUACUCGCCGAGAUGCUUUCCCAAUGUCUCAAACAUCAAAGAAUACAUCGACGAAGCAGGCAAGGCCAUGAUCGCGCAGGAGAAUUCCUCGCGGGGUAAGGAUGAACAGAUCGAGGCGUUCUGGACGGAUAGAAGCUGCAUUCCCGAGGGGCAACCCUCGCGCGAGUAUACCGAGGACGUCAACUCUAUCUGCGACGCUGUCCGACACGCCGAGCGCGUCUACAUCGUUCUCCCCGAGGACACGAUUGAAGCCAAACAGCGUUGGGGAAACCGAGUCUGGACGCUCCCUGAAGCGUUGUUGGCUGCCGACAAGAUGCGGUACUGCGUCCCUGACCGUGAUGCUGAAUUUAUCUGUCCCGAGUCCCACCUCACUCUGCUGCAGGUGUAUGAGACCUUUUGGGAACGACACGAGUCCGAAAAGGCCGUGGCCAACAGGGAAAUCGGUCUCCUGGUCGAACAUUUCAGCGGCACGCUCUCGCUCAGCAACAUCCAGCUGUUCGCCUACGCCACCCAAGCCAUCUCGCGCCGCGAGGUCUCCCUGAAGUUUGGCGAGCCAACCCAAGUCAAGGCCCACACGCGGAUCGAUGUCGCUCUCGCCACUAUGGGACUCCUCGCCUAUCGCAUCCCCACCGAUCCCAGCGAUAACAACUUCCAAGCCAUGGCGCGUCUGUCCUUAGCCAACGACAGCGACCAGCUCCUCGAGCGCCUGGUCUGUCUCCUACCCAACCCGGCCUCUCGCACCGCCCCCUAUGCCCGAGCUCACCCAGACCAUUUGAAAGCCCUGAAUCGGGACUGCCCCGUCGCGUGCAGCGAGGAACUCCUCAACAUGGCGGUCGAAGACCAAUUCGGCAGUCGCCUCUGGGACAUUACGCCGACCUGUAAGCUCGUCGGCAUCGGCGACGAUGUACAUCUUCCCACGGUCAUCCUCGACCAAUGCCGCGCAACGCCCAUCCGCUGGAAACGCUUCCCACAAAUGAGAUACAGCAGCCAACUCAAAACCAUCCGCGGCGUCCUCGCCACGAAGGUCGUCCUCUGGGGCUGCUUUUGGCUGCACCAGGCUCUUUCCGCCUUCUGGAUUGCUAUCCCCUUAUCAGUCGCCCUCUUCCAUGACGAGGUCGCACAAGCGUUGCGAGACAUUCCACAGGACUACAGGCAAGCAGUGUAUUAUACAUUACAAGCGCUCGGCUCGCCAUUCAUCAGUUUUUACCUCGUCGGCAUCGCCAUCUACGUCGGCAUCGCAUGGGUCCUCUCUCUCUUCGCCCCGGUCGCAAUCAACCAUAUCUCAAAAUCGAGUGACCCAGGUCUCAAGGGCGAACUCGUCGGGUUUGAAGGAACCAUGGACCUGCGUCACCUGGAGCGCCUGAUCUUCGGAAACGUGCAGGAUCGUCUGAUCUACACGCCUUCCUGCACGCCCCUGACGCGCAACUUUCGCAAUGAGAAAUUCCGGGAGGCUAAGAAUCUGAAAUUCGCGGCCAUGGAGGCGCUCCUGCGGCCGGGGGAGCGGUUGUUCUCGAUCGUGGAUAUGGGCACGCUUUCCGUGACGAUCAUUGCGGCGGAGCGUCCGCCGACCGUGGCGUUGAUCUGUGGUCGAGAUGCGGGCAUGCUGCGGGCGUUGCUGUGUAGUUGGCGGUUUGAGAAUAAUUGCCUGUAUAAGGAGACUGUGAUGCGGAUGCGGAGCUCGAUGUACGAUCGCACCACGGCCCAGGAUUGGGUGAAGGUUAGUUUGGCCAGCCAGGGGGCUGCGGCGAGGGCGUAUCUGGGAACCGUCUCUUGA